AUGCGUCUAACGCUUAUAUUAGUUGCAUUUUUAUUGCCAUUGGUAUACAGUGAAGUAUUUCAUUUACCUGCAAUUGAAAAUAUUGAAAACCAUAUUAGUAAUCUUUGGACAAAUUUUAAGAAAGGUUAUGGCUUUGUUUAUAAUACAUCAGUAGAAGAAGUACAUCGAUUCAAUAUAUUCUAUAAAAAUGUUAAAAUGAUCAUUCAACACAAUCUUGAACAUGAUCUUGGUCUUCAUACGUAUCGUAUGGGAAUAAAUAAAUAUGCUGCUGUUUCGAACGAAGAAUUUAGAAAAACAUUGAAUGGCUAUCGUCGUCAAAAAAAUUAUCGUGAUCAAUACUCAGAUAUACGUCGUCCACAAAUUCCUGCUUCACCAUAUAUUGACAUACCAGUUUCUGUUGAUUGGCGUGAUCAAGGCAUUGUUUCAGCAGUCAAAGAUCAAGGGCAGUGCGGUAGCUGUUGGGCAUUUAGUUCUACUGGUGCACUUGAAAGUCACCAUGCUCGUUCAUCUGGUAAAUUGGUUAGUUUAAGUGAACAACAGCUAGUUGAUUGUUCAACAAAUUGGGGAAACAAUGGUUGUGAGGGUGGAUUAAUGGAUAAUGCAUUUAAAUAUGUUCAUGACAACAAGGGUAUUGAUGAUGAAGCAACAUAUCCAUAUCAAGGAAAGGAUCAAGCAUCAUGUAAAUUUCGUCGAGCAUCGGUAACAUCAACAUGUGAUGGAUUUGUUGAUAUACCAGAAGGAAAUGAAACGGCUUUACAACAAGCACUUGCAUUAGAAGGACCCGUUUCGGUUGCAAUUGAUGCUAGUCAAGAAUCAUUUCAAUUUUACACAUCAGGUGUUUACUCAGAACCAAAAUGUUCAUCAACAGAACUCGAUCAUGGUGUUUUAGCUGUUGGCUAUGGCGUUGCUAAUGACCCUAUUAAAGGAAAACAAGAAUAUUAUAUUGUUAAAAACAGCUGGUCGGAACACUGGGGCGAUAAAGGCUAUAUUAAAAUGGCCCGAAAUAAGAAAAACAUGUGUGGUAUAGCAUCGGCAGCAUCCUAUCCAAUUGUCAAAGAUACCAAGACAAUUGAAUAUGUGUGGUUGUAA